AUGGCACUGACGGUGGUUCAGCAGACGGGAGUGGUGCUGGGUUCAUCAAGGCUUGAGGAGUUCACGGAAUGGUUGCAUUUUGUCCGUCAUGCUGAAAGCAUAGCUGACCUGGUUGACCACUCCGAACCAGGCCCGCACAUCUGUAAUGUUGCGCGGCAUGGGGAACUCCAGGAUGGCUUGGAGGCUUCACAUCCUGGUCGAUACCGGCCUUCAACAGCCGAGAGAGAAAUCGUGCGUGACAUCAAGGAGAAGCUGUGCUACGUCGCCCUGGACUUCGAGCAGGAGAUGGCCACGGCUGCUGCCUCCUCCUCCCUGGAGAAGAGCUACGAGCUUCCCGACGGACAGGUCAUCACCAUCGGCAACGAGAGGUUCCGUUGCCCAGAGGCCAUGUUCCAGCCAUCUUUCCUCGGCAUGGAGUCCACUGGUAUCCACGAAGCCACCUACAACUCCAUCAUGAAGUGCGACAUUGAUAUCCGUAAGGAUCUGUACGCCAACACCGUCCUGUCCGGUGGCACCACCAUGUACCCAGGCAUUGCCGACAGAAUGCAGAAGGAGAUCACUGCCCUUGCGCCGAGCACCAUGAAGAUAAAGAUCAUUGCUCCACCAGAGAGGAAGUACUCUGUAUGGAUCGGUGGCUCCAUCCUGGCUUCCCUGUCCACCUUCCAGCAGAUGUGGAUCAGCAAGCAGGAGUACGAUGAGUCCGGCCCAUCCAUUGUGCACCGCAAGUGCUUCUAGGUUAUCUCUCUCUCUCUCUCUCUCUCUCUCUCUCUCUAUGAUCAAGACGAAGAUAGAAACAUUCCACUGCCUUGUUAUUCGUCUCUGGGCGCACCACCACUGUUCUGUGUUUAUCGUAAUGGCGUUGUAAUGCCUUGUAAUAUAUGCGCUUUAAGAAAAUGCACUUGUGAUAAAGGUACUAUUUGGUGGACCCUGGCUUCUGGCAGCUGGUAAUUUGUCGUGCCAUCUACAAUAGCAACAAAGCAGCAAAGCAGCAACAUUCGCUCAACUAGCAACGUUUCACGUCUUCUGCUUCAGUUUCCUGCGAGCUCAAAUAGCUAAAAAAAACAUGUUUGUUCUCUAAGGGAGGUCAUUAUGAUUCAUUGAUUAUAUUAUUUCGUACGUAACUGAUAUGAUAUUGCGGAAAUGCCUAACAAUACGACAGUUGCGUCAAUCAAGAAUGUGUUUAUUAUUAAAAAAAACUUAUAUUUCUAUUAAA